CCACUGUUAUCUGAGUAGAGGCUUCAAUUAGUCUUUUUACUUCUCGCUCAUCUUCGAGGCAUCUUCACCGUCUUCUCAUUUCUAAGAUGGAACGACAAGAGACCGACCUAGGAUCAGCUGUUCUCAUGUUUAACUGGAUAGAAUACUUGGUGUUUGGGACGAUGUUACUGCUAUCACUGCUCAUCGGGGUCUACUUUGGGUGGAUUAAAAAGCAGGACACGGUGGCAGAGUAUUUGUUGGGUGGGAAAAAGAUGGGCGUCUUCCCCGUUACGAUAUCACUGGUAGCUAGCCACAUAUCAGGGAUAACAUUGCUUGGCGUGCCAUCGGAAGUAUAUGCCUACGGGACUCAAUACGUCGCCAUAUUCAUCACCAUUGUAUGCGUUUAUUUGAUAAUCUACUAUUUGUACCUACCAGUAUUCUUCCAUCUACAGUUGAACUCAGCCUAUGAGUAUUUGGAGCUCAGAUUCAGCAAAGGCACGAGGACUCUAGGAUCGUUAAUAUUUUCCAUCUCUCUCAUAAUUUUCAUACCUAUAGUGAUCUACGUUCCUGCAUUGGCUUUUAACCAAGUGACUGGGGUUUCUGUUCAUCUAAUAAGUUUGAUCACCAGCCUCAUUUGCAUCUUUUACACUUUAUUUGGAGGCCUGAAGGCAGUAGUGUGGACUGAUACCCUUCAAGGGAUGUUUACCCUUACUGCCAUGUCUCUGAUCCUCAUACUUGGCUACUUGAAAAUCGGAAGUUUUCACGAGAUUUGGAGGAUCAACCAGGAGGGAUCUCGACUGGAACUGUUCAACUUGAAUCCGAGCCCAUUCGAGCGCAACACCAUAUGGACGGUGUCAAUUGGAUCAACUUUUGCUUGGUUGUCAAGCAUCGGGAUCCAUCCAGGAGCCUUACAGAGGUUUAUUGCUGUUGCAACCCUCAAAGAGGCAAAGAGAGUCAUAGCUUGGGGCUGUGUGGGAUUUGCUGUGGUACAAGCGCUAACCAUCCCAAUGGGACUUCUACUGUACGCGUACUACCACGACUGUGAUCCCUUAGCUACAAAGAUGAUACGGAAGACGAGCCAGAUCCUGCCGUACUAUGUGAUGGACGUAGCCAGGGACUUCCCGGGAUUAACAGGACUUUUCAUAUCUGGAGUGCUCAGUGCUGCUCUCAGCACGAUGUCCGCUGGUCUCAACACAGUAGCUGGUACACUGUACGAGGACUUUGUCCAGUUUGUGUUGAAGGGAGAGAAGUUGUCUGAGGCCUCUCAGUCCCUCAUACUCAAGGUCAUUGUGCUGGUGCUGGGUCUGGUCUGUAAUCAGCCAAACUACAAGUGCUGUUUGUUUUGUCCUCAGCACGAUGUCCGCUGGUCUCAACACAGUAGCUGCACGAUGUCCGCUGGUCUCAACACAGUAGCUGGUACACUGUACGAGGACUUUGUCCAGUUUGUGUUGAAGGGAGAGAAGUUGUCUGAGGCCUCUCAGUCCCUCAUACUCAAGGUCAUUGUUCUGGUACUGGCCUGCACGAUGUCCGCUGGUCUCAACACAGUAGCUGGUACGCUGUACGAGGACUUUGUCCAGUUUGUGUUGAAGGGAGAGAAGUUGUCUGAGGCCUCUCAGUCCCUCAUACUCAAGGUCAUUGUUCUGGUACUGGCCUGCACGAUGUCCGCUGGUCUCAACACAGUAGCUGGUACGCUGUACGAGGACUUUGUCCAGUUUGUGUUGAAGGGAGAGAAGUUGUCUGAGGCCUCUCAGUCCCUCAUACUCAAGGUCAUUGUUCUGGUACUGGCCUGCACGAUGUCCGCUGGUCUCAACACAGUAGCUGGUACGCUGUACGAGGACUUUGUCCAGUUUGUGUUGAAGGGAGAGAAGUUGUCUGAGGCCUCUCAGUCCCUCAUACUCAAGGUCAUUGUGCUGGUGCUGGGUCUGCUCUGUGUUGCGCUGGUCUUCAUUGUGGAGAAACUCGGAGCUCUCUUUCAGAUGGCGAUCAGUUUACAAGGCAUUUCAACUGGAGCACUUCUUGGACUUUUCAGUUUAGGCCUUCUUUUCCCACGUGCAAAUGCCAAGGGAGCAAUAGCUGGUGCAUUAAGUAGCCUACUAGGGAUGGCUGUCAUCAUCGUCGGAGCUCAAUGGUACAUAAUGGAGAAGCAACUCCGGUUCCCCGGUAAGGUGACCAGUGUGGAUGGAUGUCCGGAAGAUCUCAUCGCUUCUUUGGGGUUCAAUGCGUCAGCCAAUGCACAGACAUGGACCGGAUUGGGAACUCCGGUAGAGGCAGAUGAUUCAGUACCCAUCAUCUUCAAGAUCUCCUACAUGUACUAUUGCAUGGUUGGGACGCUGAUAGUGAUCGUAGUCGGUCUCUUGGUCUCUUAUCUGACCACUCCCCAGGAUCUCUUAUCUCUGGACCCUAAUCUCUUCUCGCCCCCUGUACGAAGAUUCCUCCCCCAGAGAGGAAGGGACCAACCAGCCAAAGAGGAGUAUACUCUUGUCAACACAGAUCCAGCGGGAAAAGAUGGCCAAUAUGUACAGGAUAGUCAAACCACUGGAGCAUAAAACAAAUUAUACUUUAUA